AUGGCACCAAACCUCAUCAAGAGGCUCGGAGCUUUAUCUUUCUUACUCGGCUCUGUCAUAGCUUCCCCGAUAUCCAAACCUGAGAACUUGGAAGCUCGAGCCAGCACAUAUGCUAUCACAGGUGUUCAGGAUGCUGGCAUACAGCCUCGUCUUGAGCUUCGAUCACUCGCAGCUAAUCCCAUUCAAUGGAACUUAUUUUUGUUGGCUAUGAUCUCAUAUCAAGAAGCCGAUCAGAGUCAAUUGUUGUCUUUCUACCAAAUUGCAGGUAUUCACGGUUAUCCUUUGAUCCCAUGGGACGGAGCUCAGGGAUCUGGAAAUAUUGGAUACUGCACUCAUGGAUCCAAUCUUUUUGGUCCUUGGCAUAGACCAUACCUUGCAGUCCAUGAACAACAAAUACACGACUGGGGAGUUAAAAUCGCUCAACAGUUCACUGGUAGUAACUCAGAAGCCUAUCACCAAGCAUCUUUGACCCUCAGAAUGCCAUAUUGGGAUUGGGCAGCUAAUCCUGCCAACAAUGGGCCCAUCCUUCCAAAAGUCUUAACUAACCCAACUGCUUCGAUCACAUUUCCUAACGGAAGUACGGCAACCGUGCCCAACCCAUUGUAUUCUUAUAAAUUUCAUCCCUUAGUUCCAGAAGACUUUCAAGGUUUCUCCCCAUUCACCAUAUGGAAUAAUACACUCCGUUGGCCAACAUCAAAUACAGCCACCGCUACCAGUCAAAACAAUCAAGCAGAACUGCAAAUGGAAGCCAAUUUGGCGAAUUUCAGAACUCAGCUCAUGACUUUAUUUUCGAAUUGGCAACCCUAUAAUCAGUUCAGUAACAAGGGAAAUCGCGGACCGGGCUUUGGCAACAUUGAAUCGAUUCAUGACACAGUGCACGUUACCGUGGGAGGCCUCGUCUAUUCUGGUCACAUGUCCAUCGUCCCCGUCGCUGCUUACGACCCGAUCUUCUGGUUCCAUCACGCAAACAUCGACAGAUACCUCGCCCUUUGGCAAGCUAUUUACCCCGAUACCUAUGUUGAGCCCGCACGACAAGGCGCAGGCACAUUCACUAUCCAAGCUGGUUCUACUCAAGAUCAAAACUCUCCUUUGACUCCCUUCCACCGCGACACGGAUGGGAAUUUCUACUCUGCGGCCGACGUCCGCAACGUCGAAAUCCUUGGAUAUUCCUAUCCUGAAAUAGUCAACCAUCCCAGCAACUCCACUCUCCAACAAAGCAUCGCCGCCCUCUAUGCCGGCCCUCCAGCCACCAGGUUCAACAAACGCCAAGCAGCCACCACCUCGCUUCCUCGAGACUAUGUUGUGAAAAUCGAUCUCCCAUGGACGGCGCUCAACGGAACAUACAGCGUGGGAGUCUUCCUCGGAAAAAGCAACGCCAAACCCGAUGCUUGGGCCAACGAUGCCGCAUUCGUCGGUAUGCAUGCUACACUUGGCAGUCAAAGUAUGACACCCAAUAAUGUCGUCGCUUCAAGUAACGUGCAUCUUACCGAUGCUCUCCUCAAAAAACACGAUGAAGGUGUUCUUCCAAAUCUUAAUGAAGAUACCAUUAUCAACUACUUGACAGCCAAUCUAGAGUGGAAGGCUCAGAAGGCUGGUUUUGAAAUUGAUAUUAGUACGUUGGAUGGUGCGGUUGUCACUGCGGAGUCGAUUGAGGUGGCGGCUCCGGAUGCGCUGGGCACUUUCUCGAAUUAUAAGUGGGUGGGAGACUUUAAAACUUAUCCGGGUGUCUUUGAUAAUUCGGGAAAUUGA